AUGGAAGGAUUGUUUUUUAAUAUCGACUACGGUUACGUGGAAGGUGUUGUUCGUGGUUACAGAAAUGCUUUGUUGACUGGGAAUCAGUACGUCAAUUUGACCCAGUGUGAUACGCUUCAAGAUUUGAAGUUACAAUUGUCGGCGACAGAUUACGGAAGCUUUUUGGCUUCCCACUCGGGCCCAUUGUCAACGUCUAUCAUCCAAGAAAAGUUGUCGAAGAAGUUGUAUGCUCAAUUUCAGUAUUUGAAAAGCCAAAGCUCAGGAAAAUUGACCAAGUUUAUGGACUUCAUCACCUACGGGUACAUGAUUGACAAUGUCAUUUUGAUGAUCACUGGAACUUUGCACGAAAGAGACUGUGCCGAUAUUUUACCUAAAUGUCACCCCUUGGGAUGGUUCGAGACCUUACCAACUUUAUCUAUUGCUACGGAUAUUGACGCCUUGUACAACUCCGUUUUGAUUGACACUCCCUUGGCCCCAUUCUUUAAAGACUGUUUGAGUGUGGAGGAUUUGGACGACUUGAACAUUGAAAUCAUCAGAAACAAGUUGUACAAGAACUACUUGGAGGCGUUUGUGCAAUUCGUUGAGUCUGAAUUCGAUGGUCCAGAUCAGGAAAUCAUGACCAGACUCUUGGCGUUCGAGGCUGACAAAAGAGUUAUCAAUAUCGCCUUGAACUCCUUGAAUAACGCUGACUUACAACCACAAGAUAAGAUUGCGUUGUUUCCUAACUAUGGGAAGUUGUACCCAGUGUACCACAAGGAAUUAUCUGAGGCUGAAGAAGUUGAACAGAUAAAAUAUGUUGUGGAAAAUGUUGGAGAGUACCAAGAAUUUAUUCAGCGACUCGCAAAGCAACGGUGGGUUCCAUGA